AUGGCUGCAAUCCGGAAGAAGUUGGUCAUCGUUGGCGAUGGAGCUUGUGGGAAAACAUGUUUGCUCAUUGUCUUCAGUAAAGAUCAAUUUCCUGAGGUCUAUGUCCCAACCGUAUUCGAAAACUAUGUUGCCGAUAUUGAAGUUGACGGCAAGCAAGUCGAAUUGGCACUUUGGGAUACUGCUGGUCAGGAGGAUUACGAUCGUCUUAGGCCAUUGUCCUAUCCCGAUACAGAUGUUAUACUGAUGUGUUUCUCAAUUGACAGUACUGAUAGCCUCGACAAUAUAAUUGAAAAGUGGCAUCCUGAAGUGAAACAUUUCUGUCCAAAUGUUCCAAUAAUUCUUGUGGGUAACAAACAAGAUUUACGUAAUGAUGAACGAGCACAUCAUGAGUUGGCUAAAGUACGCCAGGAAUUGGUUAAAUAUGAAGAGGGUCGUCUCAUGGCUGAUCGUAUCAAAUGGAUGUUAUGCCUUCAUGAAAUCAAAUAAUGCUAACGAUAUCAAGCUUCCAAUUAGUAAUCUUCAUCUCAUAAUGUUGUUUUUCAAAUCCCAUUUGACCGAGAUUUAAAUGUUCUUACUGAGUCAAAUCGAACCAUACCUUUUACUAUGGAAAAUGUUAAGUUAUCAAUUUCUGUCGUAUACUUUCUUCUAUCAUAUGUUAUUGUUUCCUCCUGGUUCCCUAUCAAUUCAUAUUUUUUAUGUUGUCGAGUAGAGCAGUGGUUCGUUGUCUCGAACUAUCGGUUUUCGGCUAAUAUCUCUCGGAUUUGAGUCCACUUGAACUUAAGUCUAGGCCAGUGAGUAGUGUCAUCAGCCCUCAAGCGAUAAGUGCGGCUGUUAACUAGGUACAUGAAAAAUCUGUUCCAGGUAACUGAAUUCAACUAGUUCCCUCUUAUCGGGUCAAUAAAAUAGUGGCAACUGGAAGUUAUAUACAAUUGUUUCAUUUUAUUCUGAGUUAAGUGCUAAUAAAUUUUGAUUGAUUUGUUCAAAACGUUGGAGUGAACUGAAUUUCUCGCGUAGAACUUUGCACAAGAGUUCAUCAGGCUCAGCUUGCCAAUGGUAUAGAGAGGAUUCAGAAAGAAACUCUAACAAACGAAAGUGUACGGGAGACCGAAUGAUUAUAUGGCGGA